AUGAGGGGAGGAGACCUGGAUAAAGUCGCUGAAGAAUCUGAGCUUGGACCAAGGCAAAGUAGGGCAGCAGCGAUCCUUUGCGAUGUCAUCUCCUUCAAUGCCAGCAUAAGCUCAUGCGAGAGAACAUCAUUGUGGCAGCCUGCUCUUGCGCUGGUGCGGUGUAUGAAUCUAUGGUUUAUUCAGAGCAGCAUCAUCUCCUUCAACGCAGUGCUCAGUGCUUGCGACAAAGCUGCUCAAUGGAGGUCACUUUCGCAGUGGUCCUCCAUUGGUUUUGCACAUGGCUUUGUCGCUGAUGAAGUUACAAGCGGUAGUGCAGUCCGGGGGUUUGGACAAGCUCAGCACUGGCGCAUUGCAAACAAGCUGCUGGGAGACGGCAGAUCUCGCAUGGUGCGUCACAAUGCCAUAAUAUUCAACUCCUUGGUCUCUGGCGGCUCUGGAAUGGAGGAUAACCAUUGGGAGCAAGCCGAAGGCUGCCUUUCGCAUAUGGAGAUUUGUGCUGUGGUACCUACCAUUAUCACAAUCGGAGCUGCAAUGGACGCCUGUGAAGUGCAGUGGCACCUCGUGCUCCAUCUUUUCCAGGACCUCGCCCGCCGAGAGCUCGAAAAAAGUGACAUGACGCACAAGUUUGCUGUCAGUGCUGCUUCCAAAGGAUUGCUAUGGGAUGUUGGGCUCAUUUUGCUUGCUGGCAUGAUUGCCUCUGAUGUGGAGCAGGAUGUUCUCUCUUUCAGUGCUGCCAUUGCUUCUUGCCAGAAACGCUGGAAGGCUGGCCUGGAGGUCUUGAGUUACAUGUCAAGCAAGAUGGUGCAAAAGGAUGCCGUGACGCUCAGCUAUGCUGUGACAGCAUGUGCCAAAGGUGGUUUCUACCUUGCCGAGUUUGACACGUUGCAGGCGCUUGUGCUCCGACUCUUGCAGCGAGGUGAGGCCAGUGAAGGACAACGAUGCCAGUCGCCCAAAACCAGACUUUGCAGCUCACGCGGCGCACCAGAGCGAGGUGGUGGUGAAGUUAGCGAUGUCAUGCUGAUGCUGGACGCAGCCAUUCUGUGACCAUGUUUGUUGCUGAGCUUCAAACGACCAGAUCUAGACGAGGAGGACCACGAUGCCUGUGCUUUGGAAAUGGGCGUGCAGGAGGUUGCACAUUCGUUGCUGUUUAAUUCAGGCUGCUCAUGAGAAGACCUCCCGCCGCCAAGUGCAGAAACGGGCAUUUGGAGCCCAGACAGAUGCCGAAAAAGAGGGCAUUGUUUACAAUGCUUGCAUCAGUGCGUGCGAGAAAGCCGGACAAUGGCAACAUGCCUUGGCUUUGUUUCAAGAGAUGGAAGGC